AUGCAACCUCAUUCAUACAUUAGUAAUGUCCGUACUGAGUAUCAGUACAAUUCUAAAGAUUGCACUGGAACACCUCGUUCUGUGUUUGAUUGGAUAAAUACUGCAGCAAAAGUCGAUCCACAACCAGAGCAUUUUAUAGCUUUCAGAGGAGACAGUGGAACUCAGUGUAGAUUGGACGACACAAUUGAUGGUGAAUUUUUUACUGAUGAAUGCGCUUCUGAUAUUAAUUGGGUACAAUGGAAAAUUUAUGAAGAAAACGGUAGAUAUUUUUUGAGGAAAAGCCACAAUGUUUAUAAUUGUGAUCCAACUUCAACCACUGUAUACAAAUACAAUUAUGAAUGCAACAAAUGUGAUGAAGAAGGCAGACUCACGAAGUGUUAUGGUAUCGGUGGUGUUAAAGAAUAUACAGACUUCACAAUGAGAGGACCUGAAAAUACACUGGAUAUCGAUAACAAACCAAAUCAAGAUAAUUCGAAUCAAAACAAUGGCGAACAAAAUGAAGAAAAUGGAUCUCAUUUUGUCGUUGUUUUACUUGGAUUACUUACAUUAUCUUUGAUAUUUUAA